AGCGGGGGAAGUGGGGAGCAGUCUGCAGGACUGGGCAGGCGGCUCUGUAAAGGAUGCGGGUGCUCUGUGGUGGUGAGAGAGAGGGUGUGCAGCAGACGUGGCCAUAAAUCACCCUCCUCACGGCAGCCCCACACCCACGGAUCAGGGCAUGGGCACAGGGCCAUCUCUUUUCAGGAGAAGGGCUGGUGUGGGUGGCCAGAUCCUGACCGUCUCCAGGCCGUAGGACACAGCCAGAAGACAGAGCAGUUCCUCAGUUUACCCACAGCACCAGCCUCACAGUAACAGCCAGCACACAGCACUUAGGCUGCCUGGUGUUCCAGAAGCUUCUGCAGGGGCUCUAUGCUGAGCUCAAGGCACCCCUAAGAGGAGGGCAUUUUGCUGUCCCCACUUUACCGAGAAGGAACUGGGGCUCAGGGUGGUUUAAGGCGUGAAUGAAUGAAGGAGCAAGCAGUAAGCCCCGACAGCAAGGCCACCACAGCCCUCACCCCACAGGGAAGCCUGAGCAAGGACCCAAGCAGGGAACAAGUAGGCUCACCCCGCCCUUGCGGGACUGACCACGAGGCCCCGUCCGGUGGAACGCGCCAUGACAAUCUGAACCUGCCCCAGCCCCAGGACUCUGAGUGCAGCCAGAGGGGAGCCGGGCUGGAGAGUGGGGAGCACGAAGACUGGCCUGGAUGGUGCCAGAGCAAACAGGAGAAAUGCUCCCCCGCGCAGAGGCUGUGGCACAGCCCAGAGGGUCCCGGGGCUGACUGGGCGGGGGCAGCUCCCAGCGAGAGGCCCCUGGGAUUUGGGGCCACACCAUCCGGUCUGCGGAGGGGGCCGCACUGCCUGGAAGGACCAUCUGAUUCUGGAUUCCACCCUCACCCUGGGCGACCACUGAGUCUCCCAAGUGGCCUCUUAGCCCCCAGGGCCGGGCGGCAUCCCAAUCGCCUUGGGAUGUCUGUGCUCAGAAUGUGGCACACACGCCCCGGCAGGGCCACCCUCCUCCUCCUGCAUCUGCCACAGCCGUGGGUUCGGGGUCUCUAUCGUGGGCAGAGAUUCCCACAGUCAAGCCUUUGGACACUGGAGCUCAGAGGACCAAGUGAAUGAAUGAAUGACUCAGUCAAUCAACUGAUCCAUCAAUUCAUGGACGCCUGAACAGCUGGACAGCUGGGCUGUGGGCAGGACAGGGGACUCUCGCUGAAGCCGCGUUCAUAUGUGUUCAGCUUUGUGAGUGGGGCGAGGUUGAGGGCUUAUUCAGUGGGGCAGGCGCACGGCAGGGCCAGUACCCUUGGAGGGUCAGGCCACAGGGGCGGGGACACCUGCCAGGAUGCCCAACCCCAGAGGUGGUGGGAGCCGUUGAGGAGCCGUGGUCCCCAUCAGCGGUGGCUGUGAUGAGGGCUGCUCCCACGUUGUCUGCAGGAUUCCAGCCGCAGCCGCCCCACACCCGAGCUGCCCCUAGUCGCCCACCGUGGCCGGACAAAGCCCCCGGCAGCCAAGGUGCUCCGCGGGGUGGGUUUCUUGAAGCCAGUAUUUCCCAUGGUAUCUUACGUCCCAGCAGAGGCCUCCACCGUGCCCGGACCAGCGGCCCACUCCGUGAGUCGAGUGUGCACCUGGCGCCCCUCUUUCUGGAAAUCCACGAACACUGGGCUCCCAGCAGAGGACUGAGGCUGAGCAGGCCACUUCCCUGGAGCUGACCCCACAGCUGUGUAGGUACAGGGUGGCCGUGAACACUAAGGGCUGUCUCGGGCUGUGAGCUUCCUGUUCACUGCAGGGAGCAGUGUGUUGGCUCCUGACCAAGCCCUGUCACUGCUGCCCAGCCACACGUGGGGCCCCCUUCACCCACUCCGACCACCUCAUGCAGGUGAAGCCACUGUGGAAACAGCCUGGCAGUCCCUCGAAAAAUGAAGUCAUAAACCCCAGCAAUUGCACUCCUAGGCCUCUGACAGAGCUUGCACGUCCCCUCCAAAGCUCAUCUUUAGCUGUGAGCCCCAGUGCUGGAGGUGGGGCCUGGUGUGUUUGGGUCCUGGGGGCGGAUCCCUCAUGGCUGGGUGCCAUGCACCCACUCACCACAGUGAGUUCUCACGAGAUCUGGUUGUUGAAAAGUGUGUCGUAUCUCCCCCACAACUCUCUGUCUUUUGUUCUGGCUCUGGCCAUGUAACAAGCCUGCUCCUCCUUCACCUUCUGCCAUGACUGUAAGCUUUCUGAGGGCUGACCAGAAGCCCAGCAGAUGCCAGCACCAUGCUUCCUAUACAGCUGGCAGAACCGUGAGCCAGCUAAACCUCUCCUCAUAAAUCACCCAGCCCCAGGUUUAUCUUUACAGCAAUGCAAGACCUGACUAAUGCAGCACAAGCUCCCCAAAAUAAAAAGAAAUAUUCAAACAAAUAGGCGCACGGGAGUGUUCCCAGCAGCACUAUUCACAGCAGCCAAAAGGUGGAGGAGCCACAGGCCUGUCAGCUGAUGAUUGAUAAAGAAAGCACGGCCUAUCAUCCCAGCACUGUGGGAGGCCGAGGCGGGCGGAUCACCUGAGGUCGGGAGUUCAAGGCCAGCCUGGCCAACAUGGUGAAACCCAGUCUCUACUAAAAAUAUAAAAAUUAGCUGGGUGUGGUGAUGAGUGCCUGUAGUCCCAGCUACUUGGGAGGCUGAGGGACAAGAAUCGCUUGAACCCGGGAGGCAGAGGUUGCAGUGAACCAAGAUCAUGCCAUUGCUCUCCGGCCUGGGUAACAG